AGCCAGCGGGCUUAUUCUCGGAUAGUCGGUACUACGAUUUAUGGACGGACCAAUGGAAUGAAGUAUAGCGUGUCUUGGACUUAGGCGCGAAUUUUAGUCAGCCGUAUAAUUAAAUAACAUUUUGAAACUAUAGCUGAUGUCAGUUCUUGAUGAAAAUCUUCAGUUUUAUUCAUAACCUUGAAUUAUGGUUCUGUUUCUUCAUAAUAAUAUGUAACCCUCUUUCGAUCAUAAGUAUGCUUAUUUUCUCAAGGUCACUAGCGUCUCUAAAAGGUUUAUAAAUUACAGUCCCAUCAUCAGUAUGACAAAGAAUGGAGAAUCCUCACCAUUUUUUCACGGUAGGCCUCAAAGUCGACUUCUAGCGCGCUCCCACACCUUGGUUUGCUUGGGUUUUUAGUCAAUGAACUGACAUUGUUUAGUUGCUACUGAUAGACAGUUUCUUAGUGAAUAGCGAACGUACGUAUGCAUUACUAGGAUUUUCGUCGUGAACUAACAGCUUGUUUGGUUCGUCCAGAUACUUCAUAUUUAGCUUAUAGUAUACUGGCUUUCCAUAUAUAUAUACUCCUAGUACCACACGAUAAUUUGAUAGGUUGUGUAUCUACGUUCAUUCGAGGUCUUUGUAGCGAUGAUAAUGACUUCCCUGGCUUUUUUAAAGCCGGUUUUUGCUGGUCCUGGUUUUAUAUUCUUGUAAUGAGUUUUAGAAACUUCGAACAUAAACUCCUUGAAAUUACGAAUCGAAGUGACCUCAACAUUCAACUUCUUAGCUGCAGCAUAGUAGUGUAUAUUUGUUUCCAGGUCAUGCAUUAGUUAUUCACGAGUAUUACAGUUCGACAUCAUGAUAAUACUUCACUAACGAUGAACUGCUGUUCGUUGUGCAUUACCGAAAUGCGGAUAUGAUUAUUUUAAUCUGUCAACUAUUGGUCUAUCCAUUCAUCUAAAUCACCUUAAAGUUCGAACUCACUUGGAUCGCCAUUUAUUUUAAAAAACCUUUACAUUACCUAGGAACACGAAUGUAGACUCAAUAAAUUUAUUAAUUCGUGGACAUAGAGUGAAAUUAAUAGAUCUAAAGUCGCACCUUACGGUACAUCAAAUUUCACAGACUUCCAUCCAAACUCCCCGCCUACUUUUUGUUUUUUGACCACUUAAAUUUCAUUAUGCCUGUGGAAUGUCUUUUAUAUCGAAGCAAAAGUGUUUGGGUCUAAUUUUAGUGAUGCUAUGCAAGUAGUCAGAACUUUAGUGUACAUUUUGACAAAAUAAUUCAUUAAACUCUUCGCUUUUGGUUUAUCCUGACGAAAUUAUAUACUUCACGUUUUUCCAGUUAAUUUACGUUUAUUUUGUAAUUGGAGCUGUUAAUAUGUACCUUCAUGUUUUCAAACACCGGAAAGAUAGUUUAAAUUCUCUUGCUUUUCAGAUAUCGUAUCACUAUGUCAAUCUUAGCAACUGGAUCGCUCAUAGUUUUCGGACUGUUUUUUAUAUUUAAAGGCUUGCGCAGGCACUUUCGUUUCGAAAUCGAUAAAAGCUCAGGACACUAUGGGGGCGAGCUGGUUGCAGAUGUCCUGAAGGUAACAUAACACUAUUGAUAUAUUUGUAGGCGCAUAAUGUACCAUUUAUUUUUACGCUUACUGGAGGCCACAUAUCACCGAUAUUGGUUGCUUCAGAAAAAGAAAAUAUACGUGUGAUAGAUGUAAGAAACGAAGCUUCUGCUGUCUUUGCUGCUGAUGCUGUUUCAAGACUUUCUGGUUCCGUUGGUGUGGCUGUUGUUACAGCAGGUCCUGGUCUUACUAAUACGGUGACAGCAGUAAAGAAUGCUCAGAUGGCUGAAUCUCCUGUAGUCCUUCUAGCUGGAGCUGCUUCUGGACUUUUACGUGGUCGUGGAUCACUUCAAGAUAUCGACCAGCUUGCUGUGUUCCGCCCAAUUUGUAAAUGGUGCAGACGUAUAGAUUACGUCAGAGAGAUUAUCCCUGUUCUUUGUGAAGCAUUUUAUAUUGCACAAUCGGAUACUCCCGGACCAGUUUUAGUUGAGUUUCCGAUCGAUCUGUUAUAUCCAUAUAAAUUGGUUGAACAGCAUACUAAAUUGUCUGACAAAACAAAUUCUUUAAGGCAGAAGAUUGUAAAUUGGUAUCUACGUUUCUAUCUUUUCAAUUUAUUCGCCAAUGGUUUCUCAUCGAAAUCACAUCCAUCCAAAACAAACGGUUUAGAUGGAAUUGUUGUCAAAUCACCGAAAAUUCCGCUUCCAUCUAAAAGACAAGUGAAGAAAUUAGUUCAGCUGAUAAAACUUUCUGAAAAGCCAAUCUUACUUAUCAGUAGUCAAGCUGUUUUACCUCCGAUUUCAGCUAAAGAGACAGCCGUUCACGUUCAAACCUUGGGGAUACCUACUUACAUGUCAGGUAUGGCUCGUGGUCUUCUUGGUCGAGAUCACCAACUUGGAUUUCGUCAUGCCCGUCGUACUGCACUUCGUGAAGCUGAUCUAAUUAUUCUCGCAGGUGCCAUUUGUGAUUUUCGUUUAGAUUAUGGUCGUGUGUUAAAUCGAAAAGCGAAGAUUGUUGUAAUUAAUCGAAAUAAGAAGAACUUAUAUCUUAAUGCUGACUAUUUUUGGAGACCAUAUCUAACAAUUCAAGCUGAUGUUGGUACAACCCUAAGAGAUUUAUCACUUGAACUACAAAAUUCUACUAAUGAACUAAAUUGUUCCACUGAAUGGUUAAAUAUUUUAAAAUCACGUGAAAUAAAACAAGAUGAAGAGAUUAAACUAAGCUGUCAAGUAGAAGGUAUUGAGCAUAACAAUCCACUUUCCGUUCUCUGGAAGUUGGAACAUUAUGGUCUACCAACUGAUUCUUCCGAAGAUAGUAUUAUUAUUGCUGAUGGUGGAGAUUUUGUAGGAUCGGCAGCAUAUAUUGUACGUCCAAGACAACCGUUAUCUUGGUUAGAUCCAGGACCAUUUGGAACGUUAGGUGUUGGUGGAGGAUUCGCAUUAGGUGCUAAACUAUGCCGCCCAAAUGCUACUGUCUGGGUUAUUUAUGGUGAUGGUUCAGCAGGAUAUAGUUUAGUUGAAUGGGAUUCUUUAGCACGUCAUCAUGCUCCUGCAAUUGCUGUUAUUGGUAAUGACGCUUGUUGGUCACAGAUUGCACGUGACCAAGUUACGUUUUUCCGAUCCAAAGUUGGAUGCCAGUUAAACUACACACCAUAUGAAGUAAUUGGAUCAGCUUACUGUAGAAGUGUUGCUCCUGUAUCAGAUAAUUUCAUAACUAAUAAUAGCAAUCCGGUUAAUGGUUUCUUAGUUGACAAACCUCAGUUGGAACAAAUAGUUCAUAUAUUUGAUGAGGCUAAACGACUUUCAAAUAAAGGGAUACCAUCUGUUGUAAAUUGUCUUAUCUCCGCAAGUAGCUUUCGAGAAGGCAGUUUGUCUGUUUAACACACUGUACCUAGUAUUUGUUUUUUUGUAUAUGAAUUUCACGUUCAUUUCUGACCAUGUAAAUUUUGCCUUACCAUUAUAUCUAUUUACUAAUAAAUAUUUUUCAAUAAACAUAUAUCUUCACU